AGAGGGGAAAAUACAGAGGGAGAGAGAGAGAGAGAGAAAGAGAGAAAGAGAGAGAGAGAGAGAGAAGACUCGCCUCUCUUUUGUUGUGUUGUGGGGGUUUCUGUUGCAGUGUUGUUCAAGAGCUAGGCCGAGCCUCUCUGAGCAUUAUCGGAGCAGAGCGCCGAUCGGAUCCUCCCGGUGAUCCGACGAAAUCCAAUCUUUGGAAAAACCCUAGUUUCACUCCAUUUUACUCCUGACUCUCACUCUUCUCUUCUGUAGAGAAAUUUUUGAUCGAUUCGAUUUUGGUUUUUUUUUUUUUUUUUUUUUACAUAAUUAUUUAAGGUUUUGGCUUUGGUUUUUUGGAAUUUAGGGGGCAGUCGAUCGUCCGGUUGAUAUUCAGUAUAGAGCUGGUUUUGAAACCCUAAUUUGGAGGCCUAUCUCGGUUUAUUAUUAUUUUUUUCUUUAAAAAAUUUUCGAAGCUUUAAGGAAAAGCAAACCCUAGUUUUGAUGGCUACAGCUUCUUCUAACCCCGCUGCUCCGAAUCAUCACUCCCCACGGAGUACCGCCGCCGCCGAAAUCGGCGCUCCAGGCCUAAACAGUCCCAAAUCUCGGCGGUCAUCGUCUGCGCGUGGGGUUUCUUCCCCGUGGACUCAGAUUGUCCGCGGCGGUGAAUCGGAUUCAGUCCCUGUUGCGACCGCCUCUGGAGCGAUCCUUCAAUCUCCACAUUCUCCUUCGUCUGCUAGUGUCGCUCAGGAGCAAUUGGGAAGUUCUCCUGAUUGGUCGCAUUCACAAGCUGCCUCGCCUACCGCUGGAAAUUCAUCAUCGCCAGCGCCAGAGGAUGCUGCUGCGGAAGCUCAGGGGGAUAGCUCUGAGAAUGGGAGUGGGAAUAAUGCUGCAAAGAAACCAGUUUGGAACAAACCAAACGGUGCCAAAGAGGUUGGUGCGGUUAUGGGGGCCGUUUCUUGGCCUGCUCUGUCCGAGUCUACUAAGGCUUCUCCAAAGCCGUCUUCCUCUGAUUUGCCUAAAACUAUCUCUGAAGGCUCACUCCCCGUGUCUCAGGGCACUGGUACUGCUUCAUCAUCUUCUUCUCCACAUAAGCAACUUCACACUAAUAAUGCAAAUCCUAGUUCAACUCCAAAUCAUGCUCCCAACCGCCAGAGGUCUUUUAAACGUGGUGGUGGAAAUUCAAGCAACAACUCGUCAGCUAAUGGCAGCUUCUCUCAGCAACAACAGCCACAUGUUUCGGUGGCUGAUAUGACAACACAUAAUUCUGAAAAAUCUGGUAACUCUGGUGCAGAAUUAUCUUCAAGAGACAAUGUGCAUCGGGAUGGUGGACAGAGAGGAGGAUUUGGAUCUCAAUCACAUGGUGGCAAUGAGCACCAACACCACCGAAGUUCCAACAGAAGGGGUAAUGGUGGGCCACGUCCUCGUGGGGAUGGCUCUUAUAACCAUGGACAUGGCGGUGCACGUGAUCAGGAUCGUGGUGGUCAGGAAUGGACUCCUAAUAGGAAUUUCAGUGGAAGAGAUCCACACAUGCAACCACCACAAAGAUUUCCCUCUAGGCCCUUUAUACGGGGUCCUCCUACUCCUCCACCUUUCAUUCCUCCAACUGUGCCCAUGCGACCUUUCAACCCCCCUAUUAUUUAUCCAGAGGUUGCAUCUUCAGUGUUUUAUGUAACAGGACCACCUCCAGAAUCAUUUAGAAUGCCAAUGAUUGCCCCUAUGUCUCCUGUGUUCUUUCAUGUACCAGAUCCCCAGUUGCAUAACAAGAUAGUAAAUCAGAUAGAUUAUUAUUUCAGUAGCGACAAUUUAAUUAAGGACAUGUUCUUGCGUGAAAAUAUGGAUGAUCAGGGCUGGGUCCCUGUUAAACUAGUAGCAGGAUUCAAAAAGGUUUCUAAGCUUACAAGCAGUAUACAGAUUAUAUUGGAUGCCUUGCAAGCUUCAAGUGUUGUGGAAGUACAGGGUGAGAAAUUGAGGCGACGUAAUGACUGGAUGAAAUGGAUCGUGCCACCAUCUAUGCGAUAUUCUAGAGUAUCAAGUCCUCAGGCUGUACAAAACUCAAGCUCUGAUAUGGUUAUGGCCCACCUCCAGAGCGUUACAUUGGAUGAGAUGGGUGGCAAUUCUGAAGCAUAUAUUAGUAGAACAUCGUCUGGGGAGCCGACUAGCACCUCUCAGCAGCAGCAAUCUGGCAAUGAAAUGAUGGGGACAAUCACAAGUCAGGGAGGGCAGUCAGCGGCUGCUGGAAACUCAAGCAACUAAGACUUUGUGGACUGAAGAGGGAGGGGGGAGGGGAGGGAGGCCCAAUCUUGACAAGAACAAUCAGCUUGGCCUGGGGGCGUACAGUUGUACAACGAACUCACGUUGGAAAUAGACAGGCAAACCUACCUAAAGCGGAUUGAAAAGAGAAACAAUUUAUUAAAAAUAAAAGAGAACACAAAGGAUAGAGAGUUAAAUGACUUUAAAGCUGGUUGCUUGAGUUUGUUGGGAUGUAUAUUUUGUUUUUAUUUGGGGAUAAAGUCUUAACGUUCUUUAUUUGUUUUUUUUGCUGUGUGCCAUUAUUACUAUUGUGCAUGGGGAGUUUUGAUUCCACUUUACCCCAUGCCAUUCCAUGCCCGCUCCUUGGUGGUUAUUUUUUGCCCCCA